AAAGAAAUCAGAUUGCAUGUGGAAUUGUGGCGGCAGCCCUAUCCUCCCGAGCCUGCUCCCAGACGGUGGCCGAUCCUCUACAGGCGACUCCCCAGCGGCUACCCAGUCGGUGGCUGGGCCUCCCAAGACGUUGCUCGUCUUCCUCCCCAGGCGCCAGGCGGCCGCGACUCGUGUUCGUCCCAGGCGGCCGUGGCUCCUGUUCCUCCCGAGGCGCCAGGCGGCCAAGGCUCGUGUUCGUCCCCAGGCUGUCGCGGCUCGUGUUUCUCCCCAAGCGCCAGGUGGUCGAGUCCGUCCCCAGGCGCGGCUCCUCUUCCUCCCCAGGCGUCAGGCGACCGCAACUCGUCUUCCUCUCCAGGUGCCAGGCGGCCGAGUCCGCCCCCAGGCGCUGGUCGUCUUCCUCCCCAGGUGUCAGGCGGCCGAGUCCUCCCCAGCGUCAAGGUAGAGUCGUAUAGCGAGGAGAAGAGGCUUGGUGCCAAGAAACUGGCAUUUCGAUUUGGGGAGUGGCUAAAUUCGUCGCUGUGAAUGGCUGAUAAGGCAGAUUGGUGUGAUGCAAAUGUUACAUAUCUCAUUAAUAUCUGCAAAAAAGAGAUAUAAGAUGACAAUAGGCCCAUGGGAGUUUUCACUAGGACAGGUUGGAAAAAUUUGGUUACAAAGUAUGAAGAAAAAACAGGCCUAAAGCUAACAAAGAAACAAUUGAAGAAUAAGUUGGACAACAUGAAAAAGGAGUAUACAUGGUUCAUGGAGUUCAAGAAUGCGACCACUGGUCUUGGAUGGAAUGAGGCAAAGCAAACUGUUGAAUGCUCCAAAGAUUGGUGGGAUGAACACCUAGCAAGAUGUAACAAUCCGGAUAAAGGUAUCAAAUGCAACCAUGUUAGGUUCAGAAAACAAGGACCAAAACAUCUUGAUGAUCUACAUAUGUUGUUUGAUAAGAUACAUGUUAGCGGGACAAGUGCAUCAUGUCCUGGAGAUAUUUCAUCUAAUGACUCAAGUGAUGAUGUGCUAGAGAUAGAAAGAACUCCAGAAAAUGAUGAAGUCAAAGUGGCUGUUUCGAAAGGAUCCAAACCAGUGAAAAGGAAACGCAAGGCCUCAUGUACUGCUGCUAAGGAGAAGGAAGAGAAGAGUCCAUUCUUUCGACUAUAUAAGAACACAUGUUUGAAGAUAGAAACAGCAGCAGAGAAGAUAUCCACAAGUGUUGAAGCAUCAUCAACACAUCCAACAAGCCAAGUGCCUAGCAUUGCAGAGACUAUGAAGAUGGUGAAAGAUUGUGGGGUUAAAGAGAAAACAGCUCUAAUGCAUACAACUACAUUUUUGAUUGUCAAGCCUCAAUUUAGAGAGGUCUUCUGCAUGCUGGAAACAAAUGAAGGAAGGUCUGACUUACUUGAGAGGGAGCAUGCAAAGGAAAUGAUGAGGCACAUGUAGAAGAUUUCGAAUUAUUUAUUUAUAUUGUUGUGUUGUGAGAACUAUUUAUUUGCUUGCUAUGUAAGCACCAUUUGGAAUGAUGAUAUUGUGUCCAUAAUCUUUGUUUUCUGUGCACA